ACCAUGUUUCCAACAGUUAUACACAUUCCGUAGCCGUUUUUUGGCUCAAGUCAUACAAUUUUGGUUCCAGCGGGCUGUUUGAAGCAACCUAGCGUUCACACGAACAUGCAGAGAGAGGGGGACAGAAAACGAGAGAGAGCGAGAGAAGCGCAUUUGCCGUCGUGAACUCAAUGGAGCGGCAACUUGUUGGUCCAAAUGGGCUGCAUGGCAUCCAGGAUGCGCAUGUUGUUGCGCAGGUGGGGUUGGCAUGGCAAGGUCGACUGAUUGUGACGGCUUUCCUUGUUGUCCAGCAAUCGGCGUUGGUCACCAAGUACUUCUUGCCUGACGAUGAACACACGUGUACUGUGUACAAGAUGAAUGGGGAAACUUGUCCGUGGCUUUGGGGGUUGUCAAUCGCACAGGCACUCACAUUCUGCGGGUUGUUUAUGCUCUUUGUUUGUAGCGUCGGGCAGGAUGCAAUGCGUAGGACUUUCCAGCAUCAGAGCAGGUUGUUCUUCCUACUUCUUGGUCUGCUUUGUUCGGAUCUGGUCUACGCCGUCACCACAAACGGUGGCUAUUUCGUCCAGCCAUUUGUGAACGUGUUUGGUUACUUGUUGUUUGCGUGUGCAGCUGUAUUCGAAGUACAGUUUGGGAGCGCCAUCAUAUGUGGAGGAGGGAAUCCUGGCGAUAAUGAUCCCAUGCGCUGCCUCUGGCAAACCUGUCUCGUUCUGUUUUACUACUUCGUGUUGAUCGAGAACUUCAUCGCGAUGACCAUCAUUGACGAAAACAUCCCAGAGGUAGCGGACAAUAACGUUGGUGCUCUGAUCCAAGUGGCUCUCGAAAUCGCGGUCGUGGUCGAGGUCUUUCUGCUACCGCUAUUUGCAGCUUUCGAGUCGGACCACGGAGGGAACGCUUCUGAGAGCCGUAUCGAUGUGCUUUCACACAGGGAGCGCUUCCGUUGCCGCGUGUGCCUGUCACUCUUCAUUGUCAUCGAGUUCAUUGCAUUGCGGGUCAAGUAUUUGGUGCCUGCUAGGUCUCAUGAAUACGAUUGUGCAGUGUAUAAGUUAACACACAAUGGCACGUGCCACGCCCAAUUUAUAAUGGCCUUGGUGCAGUCCAUCGCAUAUCCGACCAUACUCUGUCUCCUAGUGUGCCAUGUAAGAACAAGGGGUAUGAGAUUAUUCGCAUCGCUGAAUAGGAGGCUUCUGUGCCUCUGUGCAUUCCUGACGAUGGUGAACGUCAUGUACCUUGUGAGCGUGCAGCUCCCUGAGAAGGAAGGUGCGUAUACUCUGCAAGUGAUCGUCGACCCGCUUGCUGCCAUUAUUGAAGGAUUAACAGCUGUUCUAGAGGUCCAACAUUGGGGAAAAGAGGAGCAUCGCGUCGCAGGCUUUGUAUGGAGGCUGCUGCUCACGAUCUCGUACAUUGUCCUGCUUGUCUCGUACAUUAUAAUCACUGUUCGCCUGGAUAGCGCUCUCGACGCCGCCAGCGGGGCAGGGGAAGAAGCUAAGAAGAUUGCUUUCGCUCACGUCCUGGUCGAGACCGCCACGGUGAUAGAGUGUUUGCUGCUAGCGCUUUUUGACUCGCACAAGGUCGUGGAUGAUCCCCAGUAGACUGGCCCUUAUCGGAACGGGGAGCUUGGAGACUGGGGCUCGCGCGGCCAUGGGUCAGCAGUAGAGCCUCAAGUUUUGAGCAUUCGGAACGGGGAGGGGUUUCCUGGAAUACAUUGGAGGGGGAAGGGAAGGGACAUUGAAGUUAGCCAGGCUGGAUCCGAGGGAACAGCCGGGGAAAGCCCGCCUUGGGCAGAGACCGCGCCGCCUUCACUAGCAUGAUUCCAGUUGCAGUGGCUCUCCUCCUGUUCCCCCUCCUCCUCUGCCCUCCCGCCAAAAUUCGGAGGCUGCCUGCCCGCACUGGAGCUCGUCUCGCAGUUCACCAUGGCUUCCGCCGCCCUGGCACCGCUCAGGCACGCAGUCGCCCUCGUAUCACAGGACUGCGCUCGAAUUUCAGGGCCCGCUUUUUCAAUUUCAAGGCUCGCAUUUUCCAACGUGCCGCGCACAGUAUACUCCGCGACACGCCUGCUAGCAAAAAAGAGAGCGAAUGUGUCUCCGACGGUUGCACGGAGGGAAG